CUUUUCACUUCACGACAUCAUCUUCUUCUUCCUCUGUUCUUCAUCUUCUUCUUCUUCCUUUGCAGAUUCAAUCAAAGAUACAAUUCCAACAAAACCACAAAGACGACUCUCUUCAGAGAGUUUUGAGAGGGUGAGAGAGCCGUGCUCGGCGUUGUUAGAAAGAAAGCUGAGAAUUGCAACUGCUUACAAGAGCAAUGUCGACAAGCUGAUCAAGAGUCUCUUGGAUUUGUGCUUCUGUACUUCUUAAGAGGAAGGUCCCGCAAGAUACCAUCUUCUCAAAAGUCCAAUCAAUCUACGCUUUUCAAUUCGCCACGUCACAGAAUCCUGACCGUUAGAUACAAACGCGCCAACUCGUUUGUACCCAGGCGGAAAAUGACUAUAUUACCCUUAUUCAUUAUCAUCUUUAUCCAUUUGACGGUAAACUAAAAUUCUCUCUCAGGUCAAACUUUGCUUUCUGGUACGGCGGCGAUGUCGACGAUUUCGAUCCAUCGGACUGAGACUCUACGAAUCACUCACGCUCGGUCACGAAUCUUCCGGCAGAGAUAUCGGAGAACUAUCCCUCUUUGGAAAUUAACAAUCAAUUCGAGAUCUUCUGAUACAUCUAAGAAGGAAGAACUCUCUGUACAAAUAUCAAUUCCUCCUCAAGUUGAUCAAUCAAGACCUGAAGGUUUGAGAUUCGAUCGUUUACAACCUCCGGAGCCAGAGUUUGGUCAUGAAGAUAGAUUUGAGUUUGGUAAAUUCGUAGCUAGAGAAGCUAUGCUUGAUGAAGAAUAUUGGACUGCAGCUUGGCUUCGUGCAGAGAGUCACUGGGAAGAUCGCUCCAAUGAAAGAUAUGUUGAUAACUACAAAAGGAAAUUUGCAGAGCAGGAGUUUAAUGCUAUUAAAAGAAGAUGUAAAGGGAUGCAAGGACAGAAAUGCUCAUGUAUCGUUGCGGUAAAGAAGGAAGAGAAGCAUAUUAAACGUUCAGUAAUCAAAAGUGUGGUUGGGACGCUUGAUUUGAGUAUUCGGUAUUUUUUGCAGGGAGAGACCUUUCCUGGGGAAAAGGUGAAGUCUCAAUUGUUCUGCAGCAUAAACCAGGAAGGAUCAAAUAGGUAUGGUUAUAUUGCUAAUCUAUGUGUUGCGAAAUCAGCACGCCGCCAGGGUAUUGCUUGCAACAUGUUACGUUUCGCUGUCGAAUCAGCCAGACUGAGUGGUAAAUAAUGUUAAACGGAUAAAGAAAAUGGCCGUCAUUGUAAUGAUUGUAUCUAAGCUGUUAAAUAAGUCCCAACAUAUGUAGAGAAUGAUCUAAACCUUAUGUGGAUUGUAUUGGUUGCAGGAGUUGAACAAGUAUAUGUUCAUGUACAUAAAAACAAUUCAGUUGCUCAGGAAUUAUACCAGAAGACCGGUUUUAAGAUUGUUGAAACAGGUAAAUUUGAAUCAUUAGAUGAUGAUACAUACUUGCUCCAGUACACAAGCUAACACACACGAAAGCGAUCUUGGUUCUCUCUGCCCUUUCUUGAUUGUUUUUGUUUUGGAGAAUGGGAGAGAAGAAUCUCGUGGCUCACUUGUUAAUGCAUUUGUUUGUCAUGUAAAGUAUAGUGUGAAAUGUGUGUGUGUGGGGGGAUUAAGUCCAAGUUUCAUGUACAAUUGUGUGUGCUUUGUGAAGAAGUAUAUAUUUGGCUUUGGAUUCAUAUCUCGAACAUCGAAAAUCGCUAUGAAUUUGCAGACUUACAUGGUUCAUCAAAGGUAUUUACU